AUGAGUUGUGGCUCCAAGCAGACCUCUAAAAGCUGCCUGCGAGGGAGUGGUGGUGGCAGUGCUAGCAGCUGUGGUGGUGGAGGGGGCAGUAAGUAUUCCUCUGUCUCCUCAAGAAGACACACCUCUUCCAGAAGCAGUGGUGGUGGCAGGAUUUCGGGUAGCAGUUGUGGUGGAGGAAGUUCCAGGAGCAGCUAUGGAGGGGGAAUGAGCAGUGGAAUGAGCAGUAGCUGUUAUGGAGGGGGAAUGAGUAGUGGUGGUUACGGAGGUAGAAUGGGCUGUGGCAGUAUGGGAGGAGGCUUCGGAUCAGGUGGAAGUGGGCUUGGUGGUGGUUAUGGAGGAAACUUUGGUGGAGGUGGCGGUGGUUUCAGUGGUGGCGGUUUCAGUGGUGGCAGCUUUAGCAGUGGUGGCUUUGGUGGAGGGAAUAUGGGAUUUCUCUCCAAUGAUGAAAAGCUGACCAUGCAGAACCUCAACAACCGCUUGGCUUCUUAUCUGGAUACGGUCAGAAAUUUAGAAAAGGAAAAUAUUCACCUUGAACAAUUAAUCAGGGAGUGGUACCAGAAGCAAGGUCCUACUGGUACAAAGGACUACAGCCACUAUUAUGGAACAAUUGAAGACCUUCAAAAUCAGCUUGUGACUGCAGCUGUGGAAACUAACAGGAUGCUCUUGGACCUGGACAACACACGGAUGACUGCAGAAGAUUUCAGGAAAAAGUACGAGACGGAGUAUGGUCUCCGGCAGAGCGUGGAGGCUGAUAUUAAUGAGUUGCGACCCUUGUUGGAUAAUCUGACUCUGGGCAGGUCUGACCUGGAAAUGCAAUUUGAGUCCCUAAAGGACGAGCUGAUUGGCCUCAAGAAGAAUCAUGAGGAGGAAAUGAAAUCACUGCAAACACAGUCCAGCGGUGAUGUGAAUGUGGAAGUCAAUGCUGCUCCAGGAGAGGAUCUGCUGAAAGAACUGAAUGAUAUGAGAAAAGAAUAUGAAAGUAUUAUCCAGAAAAACCGUGAAGAGGUUGAAACGUGGUACGAAAGCAAGAUGGAGGAGGUGAGUCAACAAGUCCACUCGAGCAGCCAGGAGUUAGAAUCAAGUAAUCAACAGAUCUCUGCACUGAGACGUGAAUAUCAAAGCCUGGAAAUCGAACUGCAGUCUGAGCUCAGCAUGGUAGACUCUCUCCAGUCUAACUUGGAAGACACAGAGCGCCGCUAUAACAUGCAGCUGCAGCAGAUCCAGGGUAUGAUUGGCCCCUUGGAGGAGGAGCUGGCCAGCAUCCGGUGCGAGAUGGAGAGUCAGAAUGAAGAGUACAAGAUGCUCCUGGGCAUCAAGACCCGCCUGGAACAGGAGAUUGCUCAGUACCGGGCACUGCUUGAGGAAGGACAGCACAAUAUUACCACCUCACAGGGAGGAGCUGGUGGUGGUUCUGCAGGAGGAGGAAGACAUGGAGGAAUUAGCUGCUCUUCUGGAAGAGGAAGUACUGGAGGAGGAAGUAGUUGGUCUUCAGGUGGAAGAAGUAGUGGAGGAAGAUCUAUGGAAGAAAACUAUGGAAGAACUUCCACAGGUGGAGGAGAGAGUGGAGGAGGAAUAAGGGGUGGAGCCAGCGGCAGAAUUUCAGGUGGGGGAGAUGGCAGUGGUGGAGGAGGAGAGGGUAAAUCAUGCCUCUCCCCCUCUUCAUCUUCCCAGUCCCAGUCUGGCUACUCUUGUGAAAGCGAAGGUAAGAAGUGGAAUAAGAGACUCUGCCUGCAAGGGAAUAAAAUACUGGAGAGAGGAGCAACAAUGGAAGAAGUGUCUGAAGCCAUAAAAACUAUGAAGUUGGGGAGUUUUAGAAAGUCUGAGAACUGAUUGGCAAAACCAGCACCUUCCAUUGCAGACAAGGCUUAGCCAGUGAGCCUUUGGACCAAG